AUGGACGAGCAACAACACGCCGCGCCAGAGGGCCAGGGUCCACUGCUGUCACCGGUCCUUCGUCGACCGAAUGGCAACAUGGAUGAUGGUGGUGUGAUCCAACUCACUACUCUGUUUUCCCACCUCAUGAAGCUCGGCCGGGAUGAGGCGGGAGCGGUGGCGGAGGCGGCAACGUUCGCAGCGAAGGCAGGUGGCAAGAGCAACAUAUCGUUGCCGCUGCUCCUCACGCCCCCCCCUACAGAAAAGGCCGUCCUGUUCGCGCUAGACUCAGGUAGAGUCCGCGGGUGGAUGAAGUCCGCGCUAGAGAACCGUCACAUUGACGCCCAGGUUGUGACCUCCGCCACCACCCUUGCCCUGAGGUGGUUACAACGCCGGCAUCUGUACCCGUCGCUAGCGUCGUCGCCCGGCGCCAUGAACUUUUCAACCGUUAGCAACAGCGCCCAUAGUCAACGACGGCGGCAGCCUAUCCCUUCGCAGCAGCAGCAGCGGCGGCGGCGACGACGACGAAGCGUCGGCGGUAGCGCAGGGUUGCCGCCGCUGGAGCUCCUGUCGAUGACAUGCCUCCACCUUGCCUCCAAGUACCACACCCAAGACUCGGUGCUGGAGGACUUCGGGUCCUGUGUUCAUAGGCCUGAGGUCCAUGCGCUUGGGUUCGACAUCUCGUUGUCAAUGGGGGCUGUACUCAACGCCUCCUUCCGCGCCAACGCCUUCAGCCUGCAAACCUUGCUCUGCGCGCUAUCGGGCGAGUCCCCCGUGGUGAAGGCGUGCUCAGAGUGGGUCUCCCUAUGCCUGGUGCUCCUGCUGCACCCCUACGACGAGGACAGCGAGCACGAGACAGGGGCAUCACCGCCGCACGGACGGAGAGUGUUUUCGCCUGCUCUGUCGGCCUCCACCGCCCCUCUUACCCCUGCUCCCGGUGGUCCUACCGAGACUCCGGGGUCACAAGCGCCGUCAUCAUCGGCUUCGGCAACCGCGACGCCUGUUACGCCUGCCGGAGCUUCGACAACAACCGCCGCCAGCCAGCCCCGGUCUAGUAGUACGACCACCGGCAGCACCGCCGCCGCUGUCGCGUGGUCUUUGCGGAACCCGGACGACGGGGAAAGUGUCGCGCCGCCGGCACCUCAUCAGCAGCAGCAAGGCAAGGCCGGCGACGUCCGCGGUCGGUUCUCGCGAGCCACCGUCCUCGCGCUGGCGUCUCUGGUGCUGGCUCGGCGCCUUGCCCGCGCGGGGGGACCGUGCCUCCCUCCCCGAGUGCAGGCGACGAUGGGCCUGGGAGAUGGCGACGCUCUGCUGCUCGUGUCGGAGGGGCUCCGGUUGGCGCGACGGGCGUUCGAGACAGAGCUGUGUGACGACUCGCAACUACAGCAACACUCCGCAACUGCUGCUGCUGCCGAGGGAGGGCUCCGCAGAAAGGACUUCCUCGGGGGGGAGGUCCUCCUGGAGAAAAAAGUCGAGGGCCCGGCGGCGAGCCACCCGUCUGGAACCACCAUCGCGAGGUCUCUCCUCGAGUGGCUCACGGACAGCGAGGACGGCCGCGAUGCCCCCGAGUUCGCCCAGGGGAUUCCCCUGUCGGCCGCGACCGUAUCUUCCUCUUGUUCCCCUCGAGAGAAGAGUCCUUCCCCGAGCGGCUGCAGCGUGGAUCAUGAUCGUGCUCCUAGCCCGGGAGGCGUUACCGCCAGCGACGGCGCAACCAGGCGCGGCAAACGGGCGCUCAGCUCGGCCUACCACGACCCUCGCGGAGGUAGUGGCGUCUCUGGGGAGGAAGGUGGUCCAGACGCGCGGAAAUGGCAGCGUUUGGGGAGCCCGCCCGGGGGGCCCAACGGCCGGGACAGCGGCAGCGCUUCGCCCCGCUCGCGAGCCGCCGACGGGGAUUGCGCCGCCCCGGCGGAAAAGCGGGCCGGGUCUUCUACCGAGGAGUACGCGUCUGCCGCGGACGCGUUCCCUUCUCUGCCCCCAUCCACGGAAACCUCGCCGCCGCCCCGUACACCGAGCCAGGACGCCAUGUACAGCGACGGCGCGACGCCCCGAUCGCCACCAUCGUUUUCGGCUGGUGGGGCGAGCUCCAUUAGCGGGGACACCACUCUUUCCGGCGGCCGGCGACCGCGAGGCUGGGGGAGGGUGUUAUUCUCCGCACAAUCCUCCGACAAGAUGUCCGAAGCGACCCAAUCUCCACCGCGGACGAGAGGACCGCCGGCGGCACUGUCGGCUAGCAGCCCGGAGGAAAGGAACGCGCGGUGGGAAGUUCUAGCAGACCGGAUCCUGGAGGCCUUGGACGAACGCCACGGUGGCGUAGUCGGCGGUAUCUCGGCCGGCGCCGAUGGUUGUUGCGGUGGGCUGUCUACACCGGAAGGUGAGGGCAAUGAUAGCAGCAGCAGCGGCUUCGCUGCCGGAGUGGCCCCGAUCCUUCCCGAUCGCUGUCCUCUCCCCCGGGCGCUCGCCGGUGACACCGUCAAGUCUUCCCCACCAGGGUACCCCCCUUUUUCACCCAUCACGCCCCCGGCCCCCCCCCCGGUCUUUCACGACUUGGGCGACCACGGUGCCCCCGACGAGCAAGGAGAAGAGGCGUUGACGUCUUCCCGCGUGAGCUCCGCUGUAGCUUGUGGUGGUGCCGGUGGUGGUGGGAGUGGUGGGUCGGCAGAGAGAACUGGAGGGGUUGGGGCGGCGUCGCUCGCAACAGCUGCAGCCGCAGCAGGAAGAGGAGUGAGGGCGCAGGGGCUAGGAGUCGUCGCCGCGGGGUGUACAACACUCAUGUCAGCCGUGGCGUUGGCGUGUCGAGCAGCAUCGUCCUCUACGGUGGCUGACGCUGACGCUGACGCUCGGGAGGACUGGUGGUGGUAGUCUUGGAUGCGGCGACGUUUGUAGUUGACGGCCAGUGCUCGCCGAAUGUCGAUUGCACCCGGAGGGUUGAAAGCUCACGACUACGGGUGGGUGCCCGGUUCUACGAACGUUUCGGUGGUCGGUUUGGAUGCUGAGAAAACACCAAGACGUAUCGCAUUUUUCUUUUGUGCAAAACCCCUUAGCCACGCGUUGUCUGUUGUGCAUUAUCGAGAGUUUGCACGACGAAAGACGCUGUGAGCUGGGGAAACGAUUCGCAGCGACAAGUGUGACCGGCCACCGAGUUGCAAGUGCCAAUGCGAGAGCGCACGUCGCCGCCAAACGUCUUGACCCGCAGCGGAACAUGUGUGCGUGUGCAUUUUUUGCGACACGCUGCACCGCCAUACCUACGACCGUUGGAGGAGGAGCGGUGGGCUGUGACUCGAUCGGCUCUUCUCUUGUCGAUUAAGGGUGACUCGAUGACGGUGGCUAGGCUACUUUUCGUGCUGAAAAGCGAGACGGCCUGGGAAAGUUUGUCGCCGAAGGGGGGGAGGAGUUGGGAAGAGUUGCACAGAGAAGAGAUUGAAGGCAGGUCCGUUCCAUUCCGUUUCUCCAAAGAGGGUAAACGAUUUUUUUUGUUUGUUGCUCCCGCCCACCCCUACCGUGCAAGCAAGUAUAUUUUCCAGGUCAAAUUCCGCGUCCGUUACCCGUCCCACAUUUGAAUCGAGUCGAAGUGGGGGGUCGGCUGAAAAACAUCAAAUAAAUUACCACCCAAUUGAAGAGAGUUUUUUUCUGGAAGACAUCAUCUCGUGAACGGAAAAUUAAGUUUUCCUCGAUGACGUGGAUCGAACUAAAGUUUUCCUCGAUGACGUGAAUCGAACUUUAGGUUCAGCAAGCUUGCCUUCGAGCCAAUAUGGAGUCGGCCCAGCUAUAAGCUAAUGGAGCGUUUCCCCCACAACGGUUCCAGAAACACGCUUGCAAUGCAAAAAAAAACGCAGCACGGAGCACAAGAAGAAGAAAGAGCAUUCAUUUCAGACGAGGAGGAGUGUCCAAUCCACUCUGUAAUAACCUUAGCAGGACGGGCGAGAGGAACAAAGGUCGAGCGAUUAACCAAUCCCAGGAAAGCAUCAACUGUCAAAACGACACUUCUCUCUCUCCCUCUCUCUGUCCUUUUGUCUCUCUGCCCCUUUUAUGUGUUUGUGUCUCUCUCUCCUUGUCCCUGCCUCUCAUUCUCCCUCGCUCUCCCUCGCUCUCUCUCUCUCUCUCUCUCUCU